AUGCAAGGGCUCAUCCUAUUCCUUCUUUCUGCCUCUCGGUUUUUAGGCCGAGGGCAAGUGCAAGCGAUUGCCAUAUCCCAGCCCGAAGAAGCCCUCAACCGUGAAUACUAUGGCGUUAGGAUUCGUGAUGUCCUUGACCAUGUCUACGGAACGCCACCUCUCCAACGACGCUCAGACGGGGGGUUGGGACCCCAAUGUCGCCUGGGAAGCAAACCGGUCUAUCAGAAUGGGACACUGACGGCGUGUAGCUAUGAAACCUCAGUCGAGGAUUAUAACAAGGCUAUUAGAAGCGUUUAUGCCAAACGCACCCGCCGGUCUCUGGAGGCAGCGCCCCCCGUAUAUCUUUUUAAACGUAGAGGAGAACGUCUCAACGAAUAUGCAAAUAGCAAAUACAAUAUUAACAGCGAUGGGCACCCACGUAUACCGGAUGAUGAUGAAAUCAUUUCAAUACCUUCAAUUAUUCCUGGGGAUGGCGCAGAUGGUUAUGGGCCAGAGGAUGAUAUGAGCCUGGAUGAAGUCAGAAUCAACAGCCUUGACAAUAGCACUCUUCCCGAAAAUUGGAAAAUCGAAAAGGACGACGGUGGUUGUUAUGGUUCCGGAAUUUGGGCCAAACUUGAGGUAGUAGGCAGCAUCCGUGCCCCUUGGUGCCUGUUCUUGUACCAAACUCGCAACAUAGGCGCGAUCAGUUAUAUGACCUUCUUUAAAGCUGGUAUAGACCCUAAGAAGCCGGGACCACUACUUAGGGCUUCUGAUAAUCGAACAAUUGGUAUUGAUACAGAAUAUAUAACCAGAGCAUGGUUGCCUGGUGACAACGACAUAUGGGCGCUUUGUGCAGUAGCUACGAAGGCAUUGCUCGAGGGACCAUGCCACGGGGAAAGUCAGGAUACCCGAGGAGGGUGGCAGAUUGUUCAGAGGGUUCGUCGUGAAGGUGAAGAACUCAAUGAAUCUGAGCGGACUGCAUCAUUUGGGUGGGAUCCUAACACAGGGCAUUUUUGCUGCUAA